GGUGUGGACGCUGGUCUCAGCGACAACUGCAGCCCGCCUUGUCCGGGGCGCCGGGGGAAAGGUUGGUGUCACAAUUUCAGGCUUGUUGUGCUGCUGCUGGCGAGCCUAUGGUCCACACGAGCUGGCCCACCCGGCCAACCAGCCAAGCAGACUACGAGCUGUGCACUGCACGAUACGGCCGGACCGUGCUUGUCCAGGCCAACUAGUCGACCAUGUACAGAGGACCAUGCACAGAGGAGCAUGUACAGAGGAACAUGUACAGAGGAACAUGGACAGAGGAACACGUACAGAGGAACGUGGACAGAGGAACAUGUACGUCUGUGAGGCUGACCCGCUCUGCCAUUGCUUCUCCCAACGCCUCGCCGCCGUCCCAGCCGCCCUCCUCUGCGUUGGGCCGCGCUGACAAGUCGCUCCGUCUCGGCGGGGACGCGGGAAGAUCCGUGACGCAGCUCGCUUGUCGCCCACGUUCACCUUCAUCCAUGCUUCGAUCAUGCACGGGGCGCAGGAGAAUGGCCUUGCAUGAGUGCAAAAGGACGGAAGCCCUUGUUGCGUGUGUGCCGUGUCGGGCUUCUCACGGCUGCUGGGCUUCUCACGGCUGCUGCAUACACCCGAGUCUGCAAACGUCCAGGGAUCAGAUGGCAGCUGUCAAGGAGCUGUCGAAUGCCACUGCAUCAACCCAACCACUGGUGAACAGUCGGACACUAACCACCUCACCACAGGUGAAGGGUUGGACACUCACCACCUCACCACAGGUGAGAAGCUGGACACUAACCACCUCACCACAAGUGACAGGUCAGAGAAAUCUACAAGUCAAGGUCAAAGAUCUACAAGUCAGGGUCAAAGAAUACUAAAGUCAAGGUCAAAGAAUGCUACAAGUCAAGGUCAAAGAAUACUACAGGUCAAGAAUACUGCAGGUCAAGAAUACUGCAGGUCAAGAAUACUGCAGGUCAAGAAUACUGCAGGUCAAGAAUACUACAGGUCAAGAAUACUACAGGUCAAAGCCGCCCUCACCUCCCACGUCAACACC